AUGCUUAACGUUGUUAGAAAUACUCUACGGAAUCCUGUAGCGGGUAUGGCGCGUUUAUUUCAGACAUCAGUCCCCCAAGCUUCAGAAAAGUUUGACCACAAAAGAAUACCUAAAGAAGACGAAGGUGUCCAAGGAGAGAAAGUUGUCGAUCUAGACUCGGUGCUGAAGAUAAAACAAAACUUAUUUCCAACUUUAGAAUCUGAUAAUCAAAUAUUCGGAGGUAUAUUGUACAAACAGCUUCCCAUCUGCAACAUCCGUGUCUCCCAUAACAACACCAUAUUUACGAUGACUGAUGCCAGUGGCACUGUGAAGAUCAUCAGAUCGUGUGGGAUGGAAGGCUUUAAGAAUACCAAGAAAGGAACCAAUAUUGCUGCUCAAACUACUGCCAUUGCCAUAGCUACUAAAGCCAUCGAUAGAGGGUUUAAAACCAUCAGAGUAAGAGUGCAAGGAUUGGGACCAGGCAGAUUGGCAGCUGUAAAAGGUUUACAAAUGGGUGGCUUGGAUAUAGUUUCAAUCACAGACAACACCCAUGUAUCAUGGAACCCUCCGCGACCAAGGAAAGCUAGAAGAUUGUAA